AAAUUAACAAAAUGACAUACCUGUCAUUAAAUGAGUUGUUCCCAUCAAAAUUAAGUUUGUUUAUAUUUAUUGGUUAUAUUUUGCUGUUUGUAAACCAGGGCUUAUUGGUAACCGCAUCGCAAAAAUCUGAUAAUAAAUAUGACUAUAAUAUUGUAACUGUUGUAUUAUUAACGGAAGUGUUAAAAUUGAUAGCUUCUUCAAUUUUGUAUUGCAAAGAUUUUCCAGUAAAAUCGCUAGUCAUUGACGUGGUAAAAAAUAAAACAGUACUACUGCUGUAUUUUAUACCAGCAUUUUUAUACUGCUUAUACAACAACCUUUCCUUCAUAAAUCUUUCUACAUUCGACCCAACAACAUACUACCUGCUGCUACAACUCAGAGUGGUAGUCACAGGAAUAUUAUUUCAAAUUAUCUUCAAGAAAACCCUAAGUAAAAAACAGUGGUUAUCACUAUUCAUACUCACAUUGGGUUGCAUGCUAAAACAAAUAAAUUUUACGGAACCUGAUAAAAAUGAUAUCAGUACAAAAUCUGGAUCUAUGGAUUAUGGGAUCAGCGCCAUAUUUAUAUUUGUACAGAUUAUCUGCUCCUGUUUAGCUGGCGUCUAUAACGAAUAUUUACUGAAAAAUCAAGGUGCUGAUGUGAAUAUCUACGUACAAAACGUAUUUAUGUAUUUGGACUCGAUAAUAUGUAACGUGAUUCUACUAACAAUCACAGGAGGCAUUUUAGACGCCUUUACGUAUAAAAGUAUAACCAAAGUUCUGCACUACAAAGUAUUACUGGUGAUGUGCAACAAUGCAGCCAUCGGAAUUGUCACUAGCUUUUUCCUAAAAACCCUAAACUCCAUCCUUAAAACCUUUGCCAGUGCUUUGGAGCUGGUCCUGACCGCGGUGCUAAGUUAUAUAUUUUUCAGUAUCCCUAUUUAUUUGAACACUGUAUUAGCCAUUCUCACGGUUAUGUUUGCCAUUUAUUUGUAUUCGCAGAAUCCUGUUAACAAUGCACAAAAAAACAGUUCUAAGAGUGUGGAACAAAAGCAGUUAUUAGAGGAAGUUUAGAUGUAAAUGCCAUUUAUAAAUUUUU